AUGGGGGCGUUCCUCUGGUGGCGACCUCAGCGGCGGAUAGAGCAGGGCAGCAACGCCUAUGCCUUCAAGCAUCAUAGACACUGGGCGAGGGCUGCAGCCUGCGGCAGUCGGCUACGGGGAGAAGACGGACACUGCGACGGCGUACGGGGGAAUGACGUUGUGGUGGGAAAGGGAAGGCGGCGGUGGCAGAAAGAUCGGGCAAGGUGGGGUGGGGCGGGGCGGGGCGGGGCGGUUGGGGGCGGCGGGGUGGGGGUGCGGUUACGGUUGAGGACGGCGCGGCGGAUGGCGAGAGGACGGCAGGCUGCGGGGCGUUUCGAACGGUUAGUUCAGCACGAUCCUGUUUUGUCGUGGAUUAGUGGAGGCAGUCCUGGUCCGCUGGUCCGCUCCCUUCAAAGAUGUGAGCGAUUUGAGGAGUUGGAUAUCUGCUCUCUGGCGAACAAGUGGUGGGACGAAGGGCGGCUGGGCCUCCCGCUCACCACGGAGGCGCCGCCGUCAGUCCUCUCCAGCAACCAGCAGCUGGACGCCAUGGCGGCCAAGGCAGACGGGGAGCACAGCGGCGGGGGCAGCGGCCAGGACGACGACCGCUGUGAGCCCAAGGAGGGCGCGGUGGUGGUGCCAGCGAACCGGCGCCCGCGCGGCCGGCCCCCGGGGUCCAAGAACAAGCCGAAGCCGCCCAUCUUCGUCACGCGAGACAGCCCCAACGCGCUGCGCAGCCACGUCAUGGAGGUGGCCGGCGGCGCCGACAUCGCCGAGUCCAUCGCCCACUUCUCCCGCCGCAGGCAGCGUGGCGUCUGCGUGCUCAGCGGCGCCGGAACCGUCGCCGACGUCGCGCUACGCCAGCCGGCAGCGCCGGGCGCCGUCGUGGCCCUCCGCGGCCGCUUCGAGAUACUCUCCCUCACCGGCACCUUCCUCCCCGGGCCUUCACCGCCGGGCUCCACGGGGCUCACCGUAUACCUCGCCGGCGGGCAGGGGCAGGUGGUCGGGGGCAGCGUCGUGGGCGCGCUCACCGCGGCGGGGCCUGUCAUGGUGAUCGCGUCCACCUUCGCCAAUGCCACGUACGAGCGCCUGCCGCUGGACGAGGUCGAGGAGGACCACCACCAGGACGCCGCCGGAAGGGGCGGUGUUCACGCUCCGAUGAUGAGCGACCCCUCGGCGGCGAUGCCAAUGUUUGGCGUGCCAGCGAACAUUGGAGGCGGGCCGCUUGGGCAUGCGGCUGCGGACGGGAUGCCAUGGCCGCAGGGGCAUGCACGACCGCCAUACUAG